AGGAAUAUUGGGUCUGUGUUACCCAUAUGGCCAGUGGGACAUGUUUCCUUCCAAUUAUGAAUUUAAUGUUAACAUGUAAUUAAAAAUCAUGUUGAGACUAUUUAGUUACAUGAAUGUUUGGAUCUACAUGUACUAAUAAUGAUGAAGGAACAUUGGGUCUGUGUUACCCAUAUGGUCAGUGGGACAGGUUCCUUACAAUUAUGAAUUUAAUGUUAAUAAUGUUAUGUAAUUAAAGUCAUGUUGGGACUAUUUAGUUACAUAAUGUUUGAAUCUACAUGUACUAAUAAUGAUGAAGGAACAUUGGGUCUGUGUUACCCAUAUGGUCAGUGGGACAUGUUCCUAUUAUUAUGAAUUUUAUGUUAACAUGUACAUGUAUAUCAAAAUCUGUGUUGGUAUUCGCUUAACUAUCAGGUCAAAAUACCAAGUACAUGGUUGAAAUCAUCUGUUAAUGCAAAAGUUAUUAUGAAAAAAUGCUUAUGGGUUAGGCUAAUCAUAUAUGUGAAAGGAUAGGAUUCAUACUUAUUAUUCUUAUUAUAUAUUUAGCCAUUAUGCCACCCAUAAAGAGAGCCAGGAGAGAUGAUGUGGCAACGGGAGGUGUACCACCACCAACACCACCAACUGAAGUACAUAAUGGGAAAAAAGGGCAAAAAAGAACCCGAAAACAGGCGGAGACUGACACUGUCAAUGUGCUAUCAAAUCUUGAUUAUGAACUACUGGCAAAAGAAAUUGUAAACCAACAAAAAGCUGCUAGUGAGAAACAAAACAUAGGUGAAAAGGUUGGGCAACCUCCAAUGGUGAAUUCUGUUGAGGAUACUGCACCAGUAGUUGGGGAAGCUAUACCGGCCGCUGCCACAAUUCCUGCCUCUGCGGCUGCCACAAUUCCUGCCUCUGCACUGGGAACAUUACUGGAUAAUGUGUUCACAGGUGAGCCAGCAGGCAAUUUAUCUCAGAGUACGGGUAGUAGUUUUGCAUGCUUUAGUAGCCCUCAAAUUCACUUAUCAGAUUGUGUGCCUCUAGGAGCAUCAGUUUCCUCCAAACUGAAACUUAAAAUUUGGAACAAUGAAUUUGUUGACUUAAAAAAUUUAUUGCCGACCUCAGGAGAUGAACCCCUUUCAAUUGUGGUACAAGCGGGGAAAAUUGAGCUACAACAAGCGGCUUCACAUAAAACACCUAUUACAAUCCAUCAAUGGACAGAUGCUUUUCUGGUAUUCAGUACAAUUUACUUACAGAAAUUUCCCCAUGAGGCAUGCAAUCUGUUAAAAUACAUGUUUACAAUUAGGGAGAUUCGCAAGCUUCAUGGGGACCAACCCUGGAGAAUGUAUGAUGAGUCAUUUAGGAAAAUAAGAGAGACAUCCCUCCUGCCGUGGGAGAGAGUAGUAACAGAGUUGCGACUUAAGGUAGCCUCUAUGGGUUUAAAGUCUCCUACCCAAUUCCAAGCUUAUAAUGGUAAACAGCAGCCCUUUCGGGCAAAACAGUGCUACAAUUAUAACAAUUGGCAAAAAUGUAACUCCCUACCCUGUCGAUUCGCCCAUACUUGCCAAGCCUGUAGUGGACCCCACCCCCGAUUUCAGUGUAGAAACAUGUCAUCCAAAUCUAUCACAUCAAACAGGAAUGGCGCUGGUUCUUCCAACUCCAGUAAACCCGUUAAGACUUCACAAUGAACUAUUAGGUUAUGAGGCAGAUGAAUUAAAAUUGUUAGUGAAUGGCUUUACAUUUGGGUGUAGAUGAGGCUGUGUUAAGUCCCCUUCCAUUCAUCCUCCUCAUAAUCAUAAGUCUACAUAUGAGCACCCAGAAGUUAUUGAAGAUUACAUUCAUACGGGUUUAAGUAAGCAGAGGAUAGUUGGCGGCCCAUUCACAAAACCCCCUUUACCUCUUUUUAAAACUUCUCCUCUGGGGGUUGUACCAAAAUCCGAGCAAAACAAGUUUCGAAUCAUUCAUGAUUUAUCCUUUCCUGCUCAGGACUCAGUUAAUUCUAAUAUACCUAGGGAAUACUCUCAUGUUCAUUAUGUUUCAAUUGAUACGAUACUCAGUUUGGUGCAUCAAUAUGGGAUGGGUUCACUUAUGGCUAAAACAGAUAUAAAGGAUGCCUUCAGAAUAAUCCCCGUGAACCCAAAGGAUUAUCAUUUUUUGGGUUUUACUUGGAAAGGUCAGUUCUACUACGAAAGCUGUUUGCCACUGGGGACAAGUAGCUCUUGUCAAAUAUUUGAGAAGUUAGGAACAGCUCUUCAAUGGGUUAUGUUAAACAAGCUAGAAGCAGGGGGUAUGUCUCAUAUGUUGGAUGAUUUCUUUUUUAUUGGACCUCCUCAGUCUGAAAAAUGUAAAAAUCAUUUGAUGAAUUUGUUUGAUUUAUGUGGAAGGAUUAAUAUUCCAAUUAAUGAUAAGAAAACUUUCUGGCCAGUAACAUGCAUCACCAUUUAUGGUAUUUUAGGUUGAUUCUAUUGAUAUGAUGAGUCCGCUGCCACCAGACAAAUUAAAAAAAUGUAGGACUCUUGUAUAUCAGUUUAGUAGGCGUAAAAAAGUUACUUUGCAGGAGCUUCAAUCAUUAAUUGGAGUCUUAAAUUUUGCUUGUUUGGUAGUAGUUCCUAGUAGGGCAUUUUUACGUCGUUUGAUUGACUUGACUAUAGGUGUGAAAAAACCUUAUUAUCAAAAAAAAUUUAAUAAUGAGGUAAGAGCUGAUUUAGCCAUGUGGCUAGAUUUUCUUCAAAAUUUCAAUGGAAAAUCAAUUCUUUUUCCAGAGGAAUGGGAAUCUUCAGAUGUCACGCGACUAUUUACAGAUGCUUCUGGUUUUGUUAGGAUUUGCUGCUGUGUUUGGUUCAAAAUGGUUUGCUGAUGAGUGGACACAAACUCUACCUUUGCAAAUUGCCGUAAAAGAAUUGUUUCCAAUUGUUUUGGUUUUGGAAAUUUGGGGUUCAGAGAUGGCAAAUAGAAAAAUCUUAUUUAUGUCAGAUAAUAUGGCAGUGGUAGAAGUAAUCAAUAAACAGUCCAGUAAGGAAAAGUGCCUCAUGCAUUCUACUUCGGCGUUUUCGGAUAGUGGCAGCAACACAUGCUGCACAGUUAGGCUAUUCUGAGAGUUUUAUUCAGCAUUUAGGCUGCUGGAACUCCAAUGCAUUACACAUAUAUAUUAGAAUACAAUCGUUUCAACUGUAAUUAUUUGUAUCUACAUUCUUUCUUACCCCUGCAGUUUAUUUAUAGCAGGCCAGUGAUUAACUGCUGCUAUUGAUCUGUACCAAAAAAUGUCCUUAUGUUUGUUACUUUUUCCAUAAGAGAAUCUUGUGCGUAAAAUAAGGAGGGUGUCUCAAUUAAUUUUGUUAGUUAUAGUAUGUUUACAGGUGUAGGAAUUUGUAAUGAUAGGUCAGUGUUUAACUGCUAUUUUUUAGUUGCGCAUUGUGUCUUUAGAUAUUGUUAGUACAACUUUUAAG